AUGUUCAGGGCUGGAAAACAUCAAAGUGAAGUGAAGUUGGUCUUGCGAGAUUCCGGAUUGGAUACAGCUCAAAGUCCUCAUGAUCUUACCACGUAUUCAGCGGUGACGUUGGUCGCGAUGGUAGAAAUGCAAGGUUCGGCGGAAGUGCUGAAUAAUGAGGCCGAGAAAUCUCGAGUUCGCCUUGAUGAUAUCUAUGUUUCUCUGCGCAGUAUUGUGUCGUUGAUUUUAAUAAAAAGAGGCGUGCAGACAAACCAGCACCCACCUCAUGGAUUGCCUGACAUUCUCAUCGAGUUCUUGCACCGGCCGUCGGCCAGCCCCGCACUGGAGCUUGAUGGAGGGGCAAUUGGAAAGGAUCCAUUGCAAAUGAGCGAUUAA